CUAUUCCUUUGAGUUUUCCCUCAUUCAGAUCACGCGGACGACGGUCGGAACAUGGCAAACAGACUCCAAGUCCAGGCGGCGCACCGUCUACACCACCCCCAAAACCACCCUCUAGCCUUCAUAAACUCCCUCGAAACUCUCCAGCGCCACUUCAUGAUCUCUUUACAAGACUUCUCCGAUCCCUCCAUCUCCGGCCUCCUCUUUCGCUCCACUGGCUUCUUCCACUGUGCCGCCUGCUUCACCUCCACCCCCGGUGGGCCCUCCUUCCACUGCCUCGCAUGCCCUUUUUCCCUGUCGGCCACCUGCGCCGCCCUACCGCUCAUCACGGUCGACAACCACCCCCACCCCCUCCUCCUUCUCGAUAGAAAAUCCGAUCACAAGCAUUUGAUUUGCGGUGUGUGUGAUGAAGGAAUUAGUGACCCCAGUUUCGUCCGAUGCGUUCAUUGUGAUGCAUUCCUUCAUGUUCAGUGUUGUCUUCCGCCCCUCAUUGAAGCUCGUAAUCACCAUAAUCAUCCCAUUGUGCUUUCCAUGGUUGUUGGUUAUAAUAAUUUGUGUGGGGUUUGUGGAGAAGAAAGAGAUGGAGAGGCGUGGUUCUAUUGCUGUAAUAUUUGUCCAUUUCUUGCUCAUGUUGGUUGUGUCAUCUAUGACCUUCAGAAUCCAAGUGAAAAAGAAGGAGAAGAAGCAUCCAUAACAACCCAAAUUUAUACAUUAUCAUUGGAUAACGACGAAGAUAAUUCGGAUGAAGAAGGAAGCCAUGAAAAUAUACUAAAACCUGGAGUAACCCUACAGCAGAUCCUCGAAUCUUUCUCCGAAUCCGAUGAUGCUGAAUAUCAAAGCCUUGUAGCUGCAAUGGAGAAAGCCUCUGGUGGUGGUGGUGACGAUGAUGACGAUACCGAAAAUGAAGCCAAUUCCGAAGACAAACAUUCGCACUAUUUUUCGUAUCUUGAGAAACCCCUUUACGAUCUCAUUGACAAACUCGAACUUGAAGAUGCCGACCCUUUUCAAGGUUUUGAUAGAGAUUCUCCAACAGUUCUUGUUGACGGAGGGUAUCUGGUCUUGGAGAAAUGGGCGGGAGUUUUCACCAAAGUUUUUACGAAAUAUGGAGAUAUCUCAGAGAGCUCGAAUUUGGGCAUAAAAGUGAGGACAGUGGUUUGGAAUUUAUUCUGCAAAGUGAUGGAGGACAUGUCAAGAACGAAGUUCGAGAAUGUGACGGGAGAGGAUCUAGUUUCAUGGAUGAUUGGGAUAAGAACAAUUGAACUAGCUGGUUUUGAAACGGAGUUUGCAUUUGAAGGAUGGAAGAAGAUAGCAAUGGCUUUCUUUGGUGCUAAAGCAAAAGAUGUAGCUCAAGAGUUGGUAGACGAAAAGGAAGAGAAGAUCAAAGAACAAAGAAUGAAACUUGAAAAUCUUUGUGAAGAACAAGAAAAGCUUUUGAGUUUAAGAGAAAAGUGUCACAUCGAAGCUUUGGCUAUGGAGGAUGGAACAUUUGUAACAGAUGGGUUCCUUUAAACUUACGAGUUGAGUUUUCGUUUGGCUUUUAUGUUUUGAAAUAUGUUCAUUUGGGGUAGAAGGUUUCGCAAUGUUAUACCUUUUCAAGUCUUCAUGAUUUUGAGUUGAAUUUUUCUAACAUAAUCGAUCUAUUAAAUAGUGAAAUUUUAGAUAGAAA